AUGUCGGAGUCGCAUUCUAUUGUUGGAAAGGUUGUAGAAUACGGUCAGGCAGCGGUUUGUCAGUUCUUGGCACUUCCAGUGACACAACAGAUAUCUAUUGUGGUUGCAGCGCCAUUUAUCUAUAAUUUGGUAUGGCAGUUUUUGUAUUCGUUCCGCAGUGACCGUCCUCCAUUGGUUUUCCACUGGAUUCCAUGGUUUGGUAGUUCGAUUCCAUAUGGUACGAGACCGUACGAAUUCUUUGCCGAGUGUCAGGCCAAGUAUGGGGAUAUCUUUUCGUUUGUUCUACUGGGUAAGGUCAUGACGGUGUAUUUGGGGACCAAAGGCCAUGAGUUUGUGUUCAACGCUAAGUUGGCAGACGUGUCAGCCGAGGCAGCCUACACGCAUUUGACCACGCCAGUGUUUGGCAAAGGCGUGAUCUAUGACUGUCCAAACAGCCGUCUGAUGGAGCAGAAGAAGUUUUGCAAGGGUGCUCUCUCCAAGGAGGCGUUCCAGUCAUACGUGCCGCUGAUGGUCGAGGAGGUUUACAAGUACUUUAGGACAUCGAAGAACUUCUUGAUGAACGAGAGAAGCGGGGGUAAAAUCGACGUUAUGGUGACUCAGCCUGAGAUGACCAUCUUCACGGCUUCUAGGACGCUGUUGGGUAAGGAGAUGAGGGAUAAGUUGGACACCGGAUUUGCUUACUUGUACAACGACUUGGAUAAGGGUUUUAUUCCAAUCAACUUCGUGUUCCCUAACUUGCCUUUGGCAGUGAACAAGAGGAGAGACCACGCUCAGAAGACUAUCUCAGAGACAUACAUCUCGUUAAUCAAGGAGAGACGCAAGAAUAACGAUAUUCAGGACAGAGAUUUGAUCGACUCGUUGAUGAAGAACUCUACUUACAAGGACGGGGUGAAGAUGACUGACCAGGAGAUCGCAAACCUGUUGAUCGGUGUUCUGAUGGGUGGUCAACACACGUCCGCUGCUACUUCCGCUUGGGCUUUAUUGCAUUUGGCUGAGAGACCAGAUGUUCAACAGGAACUGUAUGAAGAACAAAUGCGUGUCCUAGAUAACGGUAAGAAAGAACUGACUUAUGAACUGUUGCAAGAAAUGCCUUACUUGAACCAGAUGAUCAAGGAAACCUUGAGAUUACACCACCCAUUGCAUUCCUUAUUCCGUAAAGUUAUGAGAGAUAUUCAAGUUCCAAAUACUUCUUAUGUUGUUCCAAAGAACUACCACGUUCUAGUCUCGCCAGGUUACUGUCAUUUGCAGGACAAGUAUUUCCCAAAUGCGCACAGUUUCAACUUGCACCGGUGGGACAACGACGCGGCUUCUUCCUACUCUAGCGGUGAAGAGGUCGACUACGGUUUUGGUGCUAUCUCAAAGGGCGUGUCUUCUCCUUACUUGCCUUUUGGCGGUGGCAGACACAGAUGUAUUGGUGAACACUUCGCAUAUUUGCAACUUGGUGUCUUGAUGUCCAUCUUUAUCAGAACCAUCAAAUGGCAAUUUCCAAAGGGUAAGACCGUUCCACAAUCUGACUUCCAAAGUAUGGUUACUUUGCCAGUCGGUCCGGCUGAAAUUAUGUGGGAAAAGAGGAACCCAGAUCAGAAGAUUUAA